CCUGCUGGCGGGCACUUCUCUUCGCCGUGUUCUCUCUAGUAUUCAACUAAUUUAGUUAAUAUAAUACAUAUAAAAAUAGAAAAGUUUCCCCAAACAUAUAUAUUAUUUUUUCCGACACGGCGGCGUGUGUCGGGAUUUAGUUGGGACUGAGAUUGUGUCAUUAGCGACGGAAAAUGACAUCGAAAUCUGAAGGUGGAGGUGGCGUUCACAUUGAACAACAUGAACAGGAGCCCAUGGACGUCCGCAUCGACAUGCCGUGGGGCUACGUGGUGGGCAGGUGGUACGGCAACCGGCAGGUGCGACCCAUCCUCGCUCUCCACGGCUGGCUGGACAACCUGGGCACGUGGGACAAAUUGCUGCCCCUGCUGCCGAAGCACCUGGGCGUCCUCUGCAUCGACCUGCCCGGCCAUGGAUACUCCUCGAAGUUGCCGGAGGGCAUAGCCUACCAUUUCGUGGACUACCUGUGCGUCAUUCUUCGCAUCAUGGAGGAAUAUGGCUGGCAGAAGGUCUCCCUGAUGGCCCACUCGAUGAGCGCCAUGCUGUGCUUUAUAUUCGCCUCGCUAUAUCCACAUCGCACCGACCUGCUGGUCAGCAUAGAUAUAGUGAAGACCCGCUAUAGGAAACCCGCCUCGCAGAUCGACUACCUGCGCACCAAUAUCGAGGGUUAUAUGGUGGAGGAUGAGCGAUUCGCAAAUGCCAAAAGACAGGAGCCGCCAGCGUAUACUUACUCAGAGUUGGAACAGGUCCUUCAUAAAGGAUCUGAGUACUCGGUGGAACUGGAGAACUGCCAUCACAUCCUGGAGCGCAAUAUCAGUCGAUCCACCAAGUUUCCAGCCAAGUUCUUCUUCUCUCGCGAUGGUCGCUGUAAAUACUAUACAGAAUUCCAUACGAGUCCUCCAUUUGCGGCUGAACUAGCAAGGACUAUAAAGAAUGUGCCCUAUUGCGUGAUCAAGGGUUCCGAAUCGAACUUCAUAGACGAGCAGAGCGACGAGGUCAUCGGGAUACUCAGGGAGAAUAAUCCGCACUUUGAGCUCCACGAAGUUCAGGGCACCCAUCACGUUCAUCUCAACAAUGCCGAUGGAGUGGCGGCCAUCAUCAAUCCUUUCAUUAUGAGACAUAGACCUCCACAUCUGGAGAACUGGACGGUGGACGAAACGGAUGGGGAUGGUUCAGAUCUACCAGAGGCUGUCAAGGAAUUCAAGCUGGCCGUGGAGGAUUCAGAGAAUGUGAAGCGGAGAAAGAGAAAAAGUAACCUCUAGCUGCUGCCAGCAUCUCUGAGGUUCAGUCAUUCAGACUUUUAGACAUUCAGACAGCAGCGCGAUGAGAAAACACAUUUCCCUUGCGAAAAUUAGAUAUUGAUUUCAUUAUGCCCAUGUGAUGCUUAUUUAAAGCCGUCGAGUUUUUAGAAAAUAAAUUUAAUAGAUAAUUUUUUACGAUUUUAUAGGUAUUU